GCAUGCUCUCUGUUGGCUGUUGCUAUGACUACCAGGAUCUUCUCCAAACCAAUGAGAGUCCUUUACUUCUGUCGACCCAAAACAAGUGUAUCAAGAGGGGGGUCGGCAUGCCUCAUUAUUGAUCCGUGUUUUCAUCUCUUAAAUCGAGAAAGCGGGUCUGUUCAAUCUGAUUCUGAAUAUUGAGACUGGCGGCCAUAGCAACGCUGUUGUUGUUGCGCAGCUGAGCGAGAGAAGUGGCGCGAGGAGGGAUUCAUGUUUUUGAUGUAUACACACGUGUGCUAUUUCGCUUCGCGGGACAAUAAUGUAUUGGGACAUUUAAGAGUCUUCGGGGUAGCAGAACAUAUAUGAGAAACCGGCUGCAGUCUGGGACUUUUACCCUGAAUCGCAGCGGAUCCUCUGGGCUGACCACAGAAGUGUGGACGUUUGCUGACUGCAGCUCGGACCCAGCGCCUGCCUUCAGUCCUAAUGCCUGGACUGUAUGACAUCAAGACACCACAAGAUACAGAGAUCUUCAACAUGAACAGAGACAGUGGAGGAUAUAUCCGCAAAAGCGCCUCGCUUUCACUCACUCUUACCCCCAUGAAGAGAAUCCAGAGCUCACCAAACCUGUACACACUCGCAGACUCUGAAUCACAGGAAAAAGAUUCAGAUUUGUGGAAGUCCAGCAGCACCGGUGAUGGUCUGAGAAACGGUGACCUGUGCUCUUCCUCUCUUGCAGCUAAAGGCUACAGGAGUGUCCGGCUCAACUUUCAGGAUAAAAAGUCUCCCACGCCGGCACAAGAGCAUAAUGACCAUUCUCUCGGACUGAUGUCCACAGAGGACCAAACCUUGCGCUCUUCACAAGCACAGCAGAUCUACCUGCACUUUCCGUCUAGGCACCCGGGGGUACACGUAGCUUCCCUCACCACACGUAUUAACCCCAGGCCUCAGGUAUCAGGACGGCACGCACAGGCACUGUCUUUAAGACCCCCCACCCCUCCUAAAAGGAUGGAGCUCCUGGUUAGCAGAUCCCGUCCCUGUCCUUCACUGCCAUCUACAGUUCCAUCAGUGCCUGAGGUGCCUGUCUUUCUCAAACAAAACUGUUCCGGAACAUCUCAGUCACUUACCUAUCGGCCUCAAGUCUCCCCUGAUUUCAUCAGCUGCAAAGUUCCUGACCUUCAACUCAAGACCCCCCCUUCAGGCCCUCCCUCACCGGGCUCAGAGCUUCUGCUGGGGCAGAGUCGCUGCUCUUCCCGCACUCAGAGUGAAACAUCCACCGCAGUACUGGAGGAGUUGAGGGCAUGUGGAUUUGGCACAGAGGGAGGUUCUCGUACCCCCUCUCCAACUUUCAGCCCGAUGAGUGCUGCCACAGAAAGCAUGAGGAUUUACUCUCCUGCAACUGGCAACUUUAAUAGCCAGAUGACUGUGAACGGUGGUCUGAGUGUACCAGCAAGUCCUCUUAGUCACCUCCAAAGACCAUUUUCCCCCUCGACAUACCCCCCUCCUCCCUCACUGAGCCCCAGCAUUACAGCAAUGCAGCAAACCCGAAGCACUGCCUCUGAAUCCAGCACUCCGAUUUACACCAACGUGGAACCCACUUUCCCUUCUCGAGCUCCACAGACUGACAGAAAAGCAACAACGGGGAAAGCUCCUAUCUUUUCUGGAAUCGGUCCUGUGGAUGAAUCCGGGAUCCCAUUCGCAAUACGAACGACUGUUGACAGGCCAAAAGACUGGUACAAGACCAUGUUUAAACAGAUUCAUGUGGUGCCUAAACCAGAGAGUUUUGCUGAGUUGUGUGGGUCCCGUACUGCCAGUGAUCCCGUUACAAAUACUGGUACAACUACUGCUAAAAAAUGUUUCGAUAAACAUGGCCCACCUAAUCCAGUUCAGGCUCAUCCUGCACCUAAAUCCAGCACCUACCGGCCCAUCACCCAGAGCGUCUCUGAUAACGGCAUAUACGCUUUCAGAACGCCCGUGGGCUCUCCUCUGCCAACUUUAACAUCAACACAGCACAGAGCCAAAGACAGGGACAUACAAAGGGGCAGAAGCACACCUGACAUCAAUGACUGGGAGCCUCCGGAUAGAAAGGUGGACACGCGGAAAUACAGAGCGGAGCCAAGGAGUAUUUUUGACUAUGAGCCUGGGAAGUCUUCUGUUUUAGAGCAGGAAAGAGUGACGAGUAACUUAAAGCCAGAGGACUUAGACUUAGAGAAUGAGCCGUGGUAUAAGUUCUUUGCUGAGCUGGAGUUUGGGCGGCCGCCUCCGAAAAAACGUCUCGAUUACAACCCAGAGAGCUCUCCUCAGACCCCACCAGAGACCUCUAUUUAUCAGCCUUCCAAAGAAAGGAGCCUUGAAAGGCCAAUAAGCUCUGCAAGUGAUAACAAGAGAAGACGGCAAUCUGAACCUGUAUCCUCUCAGCCCAGGACCCAGAGUAAUGUGGGCUCCACACAGGGUUCUGUCAGACCCCCAGAGCCGUCCAGGAGCAGCAGCGCCCAGAGGACCCCCCUCACCAGCCCCAGCUCCCCUGCCUCCACCAGAACUAAAGGUGGGGAUGUAACCAAUAUGCACUCAGCACAUAUAAACUGUCAAAGUCCAAACUAUGCUACCUCAGAAUCCACAUAUCAAAGCAAACAGCAAAACGAAAAUUUCACAGCUAUACCCAUCUCAGAGGACUUCUCAAGCCUUCCGGAUGGUUGGCAAACAGUCCACGAAAACUGGAUAAGCACUGAGGAGGCAUCUCCCAAACUUAAGUCCUGGAGCUGUGAUGAUCUCCUGUCUGAAGGUCAAGGGAGAGAAAAAGUACAGACACGUUCAGAGAGCACAGGGUCACUUUUGCAUAACGGGGAACUGGAGGAAUGUGGUGACAUCAGGGAGCCUGAAGAACGUAGAGAGAGGAUCAGGCACCGCUCGGCCCAUGAUGCACCAGGCUUCCUCAAACUCUACAAGAAGAUGCAUCACAUCAACCGGCAAGAGCUGAUCAACUCCACCGUGAUCUGUUCAGUCAAAUCCAGGAUCCAUAAGUAUGAAAGCGAACAACGUAGGGAUAGAGCGUUUGACUCCAAUGACUGCAACGAGGAGGUGCCUAGAGACAUGGUGCAUAACCGGAUUUCUCAAUUUGAGAGUCUGAUCCAGAAAUCCAAAUCCAUGCCAAAUCUUGGCGGCGAAUGCCUGACCACAUGUUCUUUCAAAAGAACCUACAGUCCCAAGCGUAGCAUCUCAAUUGAGUCAUUACUGGAUGAAGAGCCACCCGCCAGGAACCCCCCCGAAGGGCGACCUCAAUACCUCAAGAUGAACAAUCACGUGCCAAUCCACAUCGAAGUGACCAGUGACCACUUAAACAAAUCUGCCGUGCAUCAUGACUGUUCGGAUAGCGAACAGGAUGCCGUCGAGUCCGACCUCAACGACUUCAUCCACAUAGAAGGCUCGUCUUAUUGCAGUGAAAGGGACUUUGAUCUCGGUUCAUUCCACUCCUCCGAGAGCAUCUGUGGAUCAGGGCACCAUCAUCAUUAUCAACGGCAGCUCGUAAGCUCCUGCAAGGGUCGCUGCCCGGCAUCUUACACACGCUUCACCACCAUGAUUAAGCACGAGAGGGCCAAGCAAAAUCGAACGCAACAAUUACGACUGGAAGAAUCCGAGUUCGGACUCAGCAAACUUGCCUUCCUGGUGAGCCCAGUGCCUUUCCGCAGGAAGAGCCUGUCACCUUUUUCCCAAUUCCCCAACUAUAGGAGCUGCAUGCACGAGGCUUUAGAUUCUGCCUUGAAAGACAUCUACGACCACAUACGCGCUGAGAAGCGCAGGGGCAGCCUGGCGGAUAACAGCAUCCUCCAUAGGUUGCUGGCGGAGUUGCUUCCCGACAUUCCUGAACGGAAUUCCUCCCUCUACGUUCUGGGUAGAAUCAGCCCUACGGAUGGCUCAAACCACCCACAGCCGGACGCCAUGCCCGAUCAGUGCAUCCACACAGCCGAGUGUUCGCGGCUGUCCCAUAGUGCCUCUCACAACCCUACAGACCGCAACAACAACCAGAGGAACCACAACUCUGAAUACUGCUAUGAAGACCAGGACACAUAUAGAGGAUUUUGCUAUCCUGAUGUGGGCAGCCACAUACCACAAAGCAGGAGACAGACCCCUGACAUCAGAGAGAAACUGCCAGCAAGAGCAACAUAUGACUUCAAAGCACAGACAGCCAAAGAGCUGACGUUUAUGAAAGGCGAGACUGUGUACAUCACCCGGCAAGUAGAUAAUAACUGGUAUGAAGGAGAGUACCGUGGACAUGUGGGAAUCUUUCCCAUCUCAUAUGUGGAGAAAAUCUCUCCUUCAGAGAGACAUCACCCAGCGAGACCCCCUCCUCCAGCCCAGAGCAACGAAAUCGGAGAAGCAGUCGCUCGCUACAACUUCAAUGCUGACACUAAUGUGGAGCUUUCAUUAAGAAAAGGUGAGCGUGUCAUUCUCUUGCGUCAAGUGGAUCAGAACUGGUAUGAGGGCAAGAUCCUGGGUACAAACAAACAAGGGAUUUUUCCGAUGUCUUAUGUGGAUGUUACUAAGAAGUCUUCAGUACAAAGUACCGGUCAACCUCCUGGGCCCAGUAUACCCGCCAGCAACCCCAAUGACAGACUGCACAGUAGGCUAUCAUCUGCACGUACCCUCUACAGCCCUCCAUCCCCAACUCUCCGUCCGCUUUCAUCAUCCUCACCCAGCCCACAGAAAGCAGCGCACCUUCAGGCCAUCACCAGCGAGUGGCUGGCCCUCACUCUGGGUCUGUCUCCUUCAGGAACUCCUGCCCCAACACCUCCUCCCUUCCCUUCCAACUUCCAGCUAGAUUUUGAAGUGCUGGAUUCUGCCAUUUCCCUCUCACCUGCAUUGUCCAUGCUGGGCCGCUCUCCAGCCCUCACCCCCCACAUCUCCACUCCAUCGCUCAAAGAGGGCCACUUCAUUCCCAUCUCCUCCCCAAAGUCCUACAUGUCUCCUGAUCCCAGCCCAUCACCUCAACCUUACCUCACUUCUGCCUCAAUCACGCCUUCCCCCACCUCAUCCACAUUCGACUACAGCCCCAGGUCUAGCAGUGUCAUAGAGAUUCUGCCCAUCCAAAAAUCUGAUUUAACGCUGAAAGAACUGCAGCUCUCGGAAAGCAAAGAGCACCACGAAUCAGGCAAGACAGAUUCUCCUAAACUGUGCAGUCCUGUUGACCUAGCUGUUUUUGAGAAACACGUGUCUCACAAAGACACCCUGUUUCUAAAAGACACUGAGGAUGACCUGUGCGAGGAGUUAGUGUCCAUCAUUAAAGCCAGCCAGUCAAAGGGGGCGCUUGUAGAAGAGGAGGGAUUUUAUCACCAGGAACCAGAAAUUACAGAAAAGUUACCUAAAUUGUUUAUAGAGGAGGACACAAAUGAUGACAACAGCCAGUCCCUGACAUCAAAUACAUUUAGUCCAGUAUUAUCUGACCACAAUGAGUGGUCAGAUUUUGAGAUGUCGUUGCCGUUUAUACACCCCACAUCAGCUAAAUACUCUCCCCCCUCCCCACGUUCCACCCCACUAUUGCCUGGGGUGUCACAGUCUCCCCCUCUCUCUGCAAAACUGUCCUCUCGACAGGAUUUUCGUUCCCAAAAGGUCAAGCCUGUGUUAAGGCGUGAUGUUGCGGUUGUCGGUAAGCCCCCUCGUAGCCCUGUGAUGUCUAGGAGGUCCUGCGGAUCGCCUGUUAGAGGUCUAAACUUUUCAUCAUCUCAUAGGUCUCAAAGACAAGCAUAUGUUCAUGAUCCUCUUCAAGGUGUAGGAGAACCAUUUCAAGCACUGUAUACCUAUACACCACGAAAUGAGGAUGAGCUGGAACUCAAGGAGGGAGAUAUUGUUGACGUCAUGGAGAAGUGUGAUGACGGAUGGUUUGUGGGGACAUCCAGAAGAACCAAGUUUUUUGGAACCUUUCCUGGAAACUAUGUGAACCGCCUCUGAAUUGACCCAUCUAUCACACAUCUCUGAUGGACAGACAUCUACAGAAGAGUGAUGGAGAAUGACACCUGUGGCUAACUGCUGGAUUUAGGACGACUUAUUCCGGUCAUCAACCUGAUGGGCUAACGGAAGAAGCAGAAGCCAGUGACAUUUAAAGGGGUUAUGGCACCAUGUUACUUGUUUCCAGUGUGCAAAUGAUUCAAAUCUGGAAGCAUUGUGUUAAAAAGGAAUUUCAUUAAUGGCUUUAAAAUGUUUGGUUGCCUACAUGUUUAACAUUAGCUGAAAAAAACAGUAUGUUAACCUUUUCGAAAAGCUGAUGAAUUUUAACAUGAUCAAUCAAGUGCCCUAUUUAUCAUUUAUUUAUUAAGGCGUUUUUGUUUCAUUGGAAGAGUAAGAUACAGUAGGUGAGGAAUGUUCUUCUUCUGCCCCGAUGUAUGAUCUCAUCUAGAUUGAACAGUAUUGCAAUGUCAUGUUUGUGCCAGACACACUGAAUGUUACAGGUAUGUUCCCGCUAACAUGUAUCUUUCAGUACGUGAUCUCAUGGGUGGAGAAUGGCCUCCCAUUUUCUAGGGCUCUACUUUCUUCCUCCAGACAUUCCUUUGAGCAUUUGAAGGAUUUUACAGAUCAGAAAAAUAUUUUUGUAUUUUCAAUCAAAAUCGGUUUUAGAAUGCAGUUUCCCUAGCAAAAGGCAUUUUGCAAAAGUAGGUGCUUUAACUUUCAAUUUCAAUCUUUUUGAGUCUCUACUGCCUUCAAAUAACUUUGUGUUGGGUGACCUUGCACAUCACUCUUGGUUUUCAGUCUGUAAUCUGUUUAUGGCCAAUGAGAGGAGCAUGUGAUGUCAUAAGUACAUUUUGUAUGUCACCUUCCAGAUAUUCAGACUGGUUCUUAUUAAUGAAAUGAAACACUUAAAUCUAUUGUGUUUAUCUUAUCAUUCAGCAAACUUCUUCAUUAUGAUAAACUUAAUAUAUUUUUCCAUGUUUUUGUUCGUAUAACAACUAAGCUUUGCCUACGUUUCAUCACUUAUACAUUUUAAAACAUGCAAAAUUGAAAGCUUCAUCACGUUAUAUUUGGGUCCGUACAAGAACUGUAAACGUGUCAGUCAAUAGAAGCACGAACCAGCAAUCGAUGUAUUUUAGGUAAUAUUAGGCUGUUGCUGUGUUGUCAGUAUUCUUAAAUGUGCAUCUUGCGCAUGUUGUUUCAUAAAGAACUGAUCAUGUGUGAAACUUUCAGCCGGCCACAUUCAUUCGUCUACAAUGAUGUGUGUGGGCAUACACAAAACAUUCAACCUGCGUCCUUAACCAUUGAUUUCUAAACUGGUUCUGUUAAAGCAUCCCAGUCUUCCAUUCUAAGCACUAGGUUAUCAGAAAGAGUUUGAGGACUGUUCCUGGUGCAUCAUUUUACCAAAUAUCUUGUGUACGGUGUCAUGGUUUAAACAUUUUAACGUGACGUGUCAGGAAAUGAAUGUUUAUAAUAUACAGAUCACUGUGAUAUGUUUAGUACUUAAAUCUGCUGGGUUGUUUUCAACAGAGCUUCAACAGGGUUUAAAGUGCUAAAAGUGUUUGAUGGUUCCUGGAUGGGUUGAAACUGAUAAUUUCUGUAAUAAAAGCACAGCGGUCAGUACGUACUUCAGUGAUGCAAUACUCUGUCUGCAAAGCGUACCAAGCUCUUCCUGGAGAGAAGUCCUAAACCAUUGCCUCUUGUUAUAUUCAAAACUAACUGAUAAAGGCAAGCAUAUGAUCGAUGAUUUUUUUUAAAUCGUUGCCUUUUCUCUCUGUUUGGAAUACUGCAUAAAUAAAAUCUGUCUGAACUAA